GCCGACCUUGUUCCACUCCAACUUGAUCUCUUCCUUUCCCUGUCGCUCUCUCUCCCCCCUUUCCCUCGCCAUGACGGGAGUCCCACCAGCUGCUCCCGGCGCCGAAGCAACCGCGGCGGCGUCCCCGGCGGGCGAGCGCGAUGAGCAGGCAAGCACCUCGGGGGCGACGGGUUCGCGGGGCGUGCCUGGCCGUCCGGAGGCGCCGAGCCGCGGGGGAGCCGGAGGUGAAGGGCCCGGGCGGAGCGCCGAGGGAGACGAGCACGCGCGGCUGGUCGUGGCGAUGCCGUCGCCGCCACCGCCGGCGGGUGUGAACGCAGCGUAUGUGCCUGCGCCCGUACCUGUGCAGGCGCGGCCUUGGCCGGGGUCGAGGUCGUCCAUCCCAUGGGUGAGGCUGGUGGUUGGAUUGCUGCUUCUGGUGCUGCUGGGCUACGCGUUCCUCAAAUGGGGCCUCCCCUUUCUCUCCGAGAAGGUGAUCAUGCCGAUUAUUCAAUGGGAAGCAAAAUCUUUUCGAAGGCCAAUGUUAGCGGUCGUGAUAAUUGCUUCUCUAGCACUCUUCCCAGUGGUGUUCCUGCCUUCUGGUCCAGCAAUGUGGCUAACAGGAAUUAUUUUCGGCUACGGCUUCGGUUUCUUAAUCAUCAUGGCUGGGAUCACCAUCGGCAUGUCGAUACCUUAUUGGAUCGGCUUAUUGUUUCGUCACCGCCUAAAUCUUUGGUUAGAAAAGAAAUGGCCACGGCAGAUUGCUCUGAUUAAACUGGCUGGUGAAGGGAGUUGGUUCAAACAAUUCCGUGUGGUUGCAUUGCUAAGAAUUUCACCAUUCCCAUAUGCACUGCUUAACUAUGCUGUAACUGUCACUGAGAUGAAGUUCAACCCUUACAUAUGUGGCUCACUUGUCGGGAUGAUUCCUGAUGUGUUCAUCAACAUCUACAGUGGGCGCCUGAUACGCACAUUAGCAGAGCUGAACUAUCACAAGCAUCGAAUGACAACAGUUGAGAUAGUGUACAACGUCGUAUCUGUUAUUGUCACCAUUGUCUUUGCGAUUGGAUUUACAAUAUAUGCAAGAAGAACCCUGGAUAACAUGGAACGUUCAGAAGGCAUCUGCGUCGAACCUGUUGGUGUCCCUGCUGUCUCAACUGAGUUCAGAGAUAACCUUCAAGGUUGCUCAACUGCACGUUCUGUGCCAAUUGAUGUUGUAUAAUAACAAAUACAUUACACCUCUAUGGUCUGGUUAGUUUAAGGUUCCAAUCAUGUACAUACACCACACUAGAUUGGUGCAACAGAAACGUUAGCAGCACGCUUAUGGGAUGGCCUGCUGCUGCAUUAUGCAACCCUGUAUAUAUAAGUGCUACUUCUGUAAUGUGCUGAUGCUGUUAAGUCGUUGCUUUUCAGACGUUUGAUUGCUGCUUCUUCAGGCA